AUGUAUCUUCACUGUGGAGGAUCACAAACAGACGGUGAUGAUGAUGAUGAUGAACAGUUGGAAGGUGAUAUGACAUGUCACACUGCCAAUAAAUGCUGGAAAUGUUCUAAAUGUAGGAAAACCUUUGCUUCUAAGAGCAAUUUCAAACGACACAUGAAAAUACACACUGGUGAGAAACCUUUUGCAUGCUCAGUUUGCGGUCAAAGAUUCUCCCGAAAGGGAAGCUUAAAAAUACACACAAGAACGCACACUGGUGAGAAACCUUUUGCAUGCUCAGUUUGCGGUCAAAGAUUCUCCCGAAAGGAAAGGUUAAAAAUACACACAAGAACGCACACUGGUGAGAAACCUUUUGCAUGCUCAGUUUGUGGUCAAAGAUUCUCUCACAAGGGACAUUUGACACAUCACGCAAGAACACACACUGGAGAGAAGCCCUUUGCCUGCUCAGGUUGUGGUCAAAGGUUCUCUCAGAAGCAACACUUAAAAAUACACACAAGAACACACACUGGUGAAAAACCUUUUGCAUGCUCAGUUUGUGGGCAAAGAUUCACACAGAAGGGAUACUUAAAAAUGCACACAAGAACCCACACUGGUGAGAAACCUUUUGUAUGCUCAGUUUGUGGGAAAGGAUUCCCUCACAAGCGACAUUUGACAGGUCACACAAGAACCCACACUGGUGAGAAACCUUUUUCCUGCUCAGUUUGUGGUCAAAGGUUCUCUGUGAAGAGUAACUUAAAAAUACACACAAGAACACACGCCGGUGAGAAGCCUUUUGCAUGCUCAGUUUGUGGUCAAAGAUUCUCCCAAAAGGAAAGCUUAAAAAUACACACUAGAACGCACACUGGUGAGAAACCUUUUGCAUGCUCAGUUUGUGGUCAAAGAUUCUCCCAAAAGGGAACCUUAAAAAUACACACUAGAAUGCACACUGGUGAGAAACCUUUUGCCUGCUCAGUUUGUGGUCAAAGAUUCUCCCAAAAGGGAAGUUUAAUAACACACACAAGAACACACACUGGUGAGAAGCCUUUUGGAUGCUCAGUUUGUGGUCAAAGAUUCACGCAGAAGGGAUACUUAAAAAUGCACACAAGUACACACACUGGUGAGAAACCUUUUUCCUGCUCAGGUUGUGGUCAAAGGUUCUCUCGUAAGGCUCGGGUUAAGACACACAAGUGUCCUGGUGAGACAAGCAGUGAUCAAGAAGCUUUUAAUGCAAAUGUAAAUGUUUAAUAUAAAAGUAAUUACUAUGUUACUGACAGAAAUCGACAUGCUUGUAUUCUGUGUACCAGCUUUUAUUGUAUGUAUCUUCUUCUUGUCCAUAUAGUUUCUAAAAGCCCCGUGAGUGUUGAGAAUGAAAACUGUUGCCAAAAUACUUAAAAGGGACCAGUGAGAGGUGUUGGGAAAGAGGGCGGCAGUGAAUCAGUAGAGCGGGUUGUCCAGUGACCGAAGGGUCGCCGGUUCGAACCCUGGCUCCGACUGUCCGUAUGUGGAAGUGUCCUUGGGCAAGACACCGAACCCUAAUUUGCUCCCAGUGAGCCUGGCAGCGCCUUGCAUGGCAGCAGCCGCCCAGUGGUCUAUGAAUAUGUGUGUGAAUGGGUGAAUGUGAGGCUUAAUAGAGCGCUUUGGGCACUGUGAUCGUGAAGAUGAAGCGUUACAUAAGUGCAGUCCAUUUGCCAUUUAGCAAAGGUGAGAACAUGGACACUUAUUCCAUGGUGCUGGACUUAUAAAUGUUUACAGGAAAAAAAUGCCUCCAAAAUAAACUCGGUCGUAAUUUGCUAAAAUCAUUGAGGUUCAUUUUUUCUCCUCCUUAAUGUACACACAGCACCCCAUAUUGACAGAAAAAAGCGGAAUUGUUGAAAUUUUUGCAGAUUUAUUAAAAAAGAAUAACUGAAAUAUCACACAGCCAUAAGAAUUCCGACCCUUUGCUCAAUAUUUAGUAGAAGCGCCCUUUUGAGCGAAUACAGCCAUGAGUCUUUUUGGGAAUGAUGCAACAAGUUUUUCACACCUGGAUUUCCUCAUCGAGUCCGAUCAGUAUAAUCAAACACAGCUGGACUCCAAUGAAGGUGUAGAACCAUUUGAAGGAUGAUCAGAAGAAAUGGACAGCACCCGAGUUAAAUAUAUGAGUGUCACAGCAAAGGGUCGGAAUACUUAUGGCUGUGUGAAAAAUCUGCAAAAAUUUCAACCAUUAUUUUUUUUUCUGUCAAUAUGGGGUUCUGUGUGUACAUUAAGGAGGAGAAGAAUUAUGUGAUUUUAGCAAAUGGCUGCAAGAUAACACAGAGUGAAAAAUUUAAGGGGGUCCGAAUACUUUCCGUACCCACUGUAUGUAUGUAUGUAUCGAUCAAAUAUAUGUAUAGAUCACAAAUUUGUUUCUGCAGAUGGCAUUGUGUGACAGAUGUGGACUGUCAUAAUGUCGGACGACCCAUAACGAAGGUCUCCUGUCCCGAAACUGCGGCUGAUCUGAUUUGAUAUGAUCUGAUCCAUAAAAGCUCAAAUAUUGGGCUGAUCAUAAUAGUUUGUCAUGAGAAGCACAUAAAAUUCGUGAUUGAACAUAAUUUCGGAGUACGAGCUGUUGUUCAUGUGAUGCAAUGAUAUAUGACAGCAAUGUAAGAUAUCCAACGUAAUACCAGCUUGAACAAGGCGGUGUUUGGAAACUCCAGCAAUUUCCUGAAAAGUUGUCAUUUUGAAGGUGAGGGGAUUCCACCUGACAGCUGCGAUAUACAAAUAUGACCAAUUACUGCCACAUUCCUUUUCCCACACCAGCUAUGCCAGUGCUUUUCAAUUUUCAAUUUUGUUGAUGAAAAAGGGGUGUUCGAAAGGGAAUUAGUUCUUUACCAAUUGCUCCAAAAUGUAUUGAUAUUAUUGGAAAUGAGUGCCAGUUUCAUUUUCUUGAGCAUGCAUGCAUUUUGUCCAAUGUUUUAGUGAUGUCAAUAUCAAAUAAGUGAAUGAUUGAUUGAAAUAGACUGUAAAAAAAACUGACUUUUGGUGCUAAACUGUAACGUGUAUAUGUGAUCCUGAAUAAAGUACACUGCUUAAAACAGUGA